AUGAAACCCAGUCUACCCCCGAGCUCAGCCCCCUUCGUCUUCACUGUGAUUCUCUCCUUUGGUGUCCAUUUCCCAGCCAUCUGGUGCCAAGAAACCCAGCGGCCAUUUGAUAUUUGUGGCGAACCGGUCGAUUGUGGAGAAAUUCCAGUAGAGUACCCAUUUUGGGGGUUAGAUCGUCCGGCAUACUGCGGCCACCCUGGUUUUCAGCUAACCUGCCCAUCGAAUGUUCCCCUACUCAAUUACGAAUCAGUAAACUACCGAGUUUUGCGUUUGGAUACCAGUACACAGAUAAUCACCAUCGCUAGAAACGAUCUCUGGGAAAGCUCUUGCCCUCGAUUUCUAUACAACACCUCCUACAACUCGAUGCUGUUCAACGGUGAUAAUUUUCCGCAGCUGAAUGUGUCUUUGUACUACGAUUGCAAUACUAGUAGUGCAGUGAUACCUUUGAGCGCUAAUUACAGAUUUAGUUGUAAUGUGAAUGAGAGCCAAAGUGACAGUUAUUUCAUAAGAACUGAUCAGCUAAUCCCCAGCGUGGCCAAUUUCUUGGAUCAGUGUCAAAAUCGCAUCGAUGUACCGGUGAAUCAAUCUUCAGGAGCUCGAUUAGCGUCAGGGGUUGCUACAACAGAUGAUCUGAGGUCAGGCGUGAGGGCCGGUUUCCAGCUACAGUGGACGGCGAAAAAUGAUGAGUGUGAUCGGUGUAUUCGGUCAAAUGGUCAAUGUGGGUCAAACUGGACGUCACCUGAUUUGUUUGCUUGCUACUGUUCUAAUGGAAAUUUCUCGUUUACUUGUAACGAUUCGAAUGGAGGUGGAGGUGGAGGCAUUUCAUGCAGCGUUGUUGGAAUCUUAUUCAUGAUGUUUGUCAUUCUAUAUAGAAAAAAGAGGUUAUGGGAAACUCUAGGAUCCAAGGGAGCUGCAAGGAAUUUUAUUAUCGGCAUUUCAUGCAGCGUUGUUGGAAUCUUAUUCAUGAUGUUUGUCAUUAUAUAUAGAAAAAAGAGGUUAUGGGAAACUCUAGGUGCUCUUCGGCUAAAUGGAAAGUCUAAUAUUCUGGGAACCACCAGAAAUCAUCAAAUAGAAAUAUUCAUAAGGAACUAUGGGACUAUGGCCCCAAAUAGAUUCAAGUAUUCACAAAUCAAGAAAAUGACAAGCUCCUUCGAUGACAAACUGGGGCAAGGAGGGUAUGGAAGUGUAUACAAAGGACAAUUGUCGGAUGGGAAACUAGUUGCAGUAAAGCUCUUGGGUAAUGCCAUUGGAGAUGGGAAUGAUUUCAUUAAUGAAGUUGCUAGCAUCGGUAGAACUUCUCAUGUCAACAUAGUGAAACUCUUAGGGUUCUGCUUUGAUGGAAAGAAAAGAGCCCUCAUGUAUGAGUUUAUGCCAAAUGGAUCUUUGGAUAAGUUUCUUCGUGGUGAUGGAUCUCAUUUAGACUGGAACACGUUAUUCCAAAUCGCAAAAGGAAUUGCACGGGGACUAGAGUAUCUACAUCAAGGUUGUAACACAAGGAUUGUGCACUUCGACAUAAAGCCUCACAACAUUCUAUUGGACGAAGAAUUUGUUCCAAAAAUAUCUGAUUUCGGAUUGGCUAAGUUGUGCAAAAGGAAGGAGAGUAUUGUAUCUGUAACGGGUGCAAGAGGUACUGCUGGAUACAUGGCCCCUGAAGUAUUUUUCAAGAGUUUUGGUGGUGCUUCACAUAAAUCUGAUGUAUAUAGCUAUGGGAUGAUGGUUCUUGAAAUGACAGGUGCACGUAAAAAGAACAAGUCUAACACAACAAGCAUGAGUGAAGCAUAUUUUCCGGAUUGGAUAUACAAGAAAGUAGAAACUGGAGAUAAUCUAGGGGUUGAUGGGGUGACAACCGAAGAAGAAGAGGAAUUAGCUAGGAAGUUGGUGAUGGUGAGCCUGUGGUGCAUCCAGUCUGAUCCAUCAGAUCGGCCAUCUAUAAGUAAAGUUGUGGAGAUGUUGGAAGGAAGCUUUCAAUCAUUACAAGUUCCACCUAGACGUUUUUGGUCAUCUCCCGCAAGGCAUACGCAAGACAAUUCUCCAUCAGCCUCACAGAGUUUAAGUAGCCAGGGAGUACUAAAAAUGCAGGCUACAGAAGAAGAAUCAUAUUCCUGA